AGCUACAAUGACAACGAUAAUCUAACCCUAUUUGUUACACCAUCUGCCGGCGUAUUUCAGGGUCGCAUCCACAUAUAGGCAGCAGCAGCAGCAGCAGUUGAUAACUGCACCACUUACUAAGAUCCAAACCCUGCGGUUCUGAUCUGCACCAACCAACCCAGCAUUGGCCACCAAGACAAUGAACACAAUGUGCUGUUAGCCAUCCUGCGAGCUCGGUUCUUUCAGAUGCGCUCGACAGGAUGAACGCCACCGCAACCACCAGGCCUCGCCUCUUGAGCAUGGGCUCGAAGUACUCGGAAUUCGACGAGGAAAGCAGCGGGAAAAUAUCACCACCAUUACUUUCGCGUCACUCGCUCCGCCGCAUCAUCCGCAUCUCCGCGCUGUUAUCGCUUUUCAUCUUCGUGCUAUACAUCCUACGCAACCACUUCCGUGCACAACCACCCAGCUCACUCUCAGGCUCUACCGACACCACCAAGAACGACGACAAAGCUAACACCGGCCAUGACGACCCAUUAUCCCCCGUCUACCGCCCAACCAACCCAACAGAACUCCACAUCCACGACCCCAGCAUCAUCAUCACGUAUUCUCACGCCAAACCUCAGCCAGAGCCUCAAGCUCAAGACUUCAACCUGAACCCAAACCCAGCCGACCAGAGCCGAACAGUACGUCCCGUGAAGACAUACUAUGCCUACGGCUCCGGCCCGCACAUCCCCAUCCACACCGCGCCCGCCCUCUCCGGGCCCUGGACCAAGAUCGGCACCGUCCUCUCCACGGACAGCGUCCUCCCCAUCGGCGACCGAAAAGCGCCCUGGGCGCCCACGGUCGUCGCUCACAACGGCACGUACUACUGCUACUACGCGACCAGCCACAGCGGCUGCCGCCGCAGUGCCAUCGGGGUCGCUACCUCAUCGGAUCCGGGCCCCGGGGGAUGGACCGAUCACGGGGUGAUCAUCCGAUCAGGCGCAGGGACGGGAUCGGGAUUGUACCCGAUGGAUCGCGCGAAUGCGAUCGACGUGAGUGUUCUGAUCACUUCUCUUCCACCGGAGGAGGAACAAAAGAAAGAAAACGAGGAAGAGGUGGGAGACCAAAAGCAUCCCCACCUCUCAUUCUCAUUCUCCCGAGAAGAACACCACCAAACCGAGGAAGAGAGACAAGACCCCAACCCAAGCCCUCCCCAACCAGCCACCCCCCAGCCAACAGAAAAAGGCUACCUGACCUUCGGCUCCUUCUGGACCGGGAUCUGGCAAAUCCCCCUCACCCCCAACCUCCUGGGGAGUGACUAUACGGGCAACCGCGAGGUGCGGCACCUCGCCCACGAGCCCCGGGCGGUGCACCCGCCCAACCCCAAGUCGAACGGGAUCUGCGGCGACCCCACGGGGAUGCAUCCCGUCGAGGGGCCAUUUAUCUCCUACCGCGCGCCGUGGUAUUAUCUGUGGUUUAGUUGGGGGAAGUGCUGUGGGUUCAAGCCGGAGCGGUUGCCGCGGACGGGGAUGGAGUACAGUAUCCGUGUCGGCCGCUCGAGGAGUCCCCGCGGCCCGUUUGUGGAUAAGCAAGGCCGCAACCUGGUGGAGGGCGGAGGGGAGGUGGUUUAUGGGUCGAAUGGGGAGGUGUAUGCUCCUGGGGGACAGGGGGUUUUGGUUCAUCGUCGCUACGACGACGAUGAUGAUGUUUCCGAGGUGGAGGUCGAAGAGGAUGUGCUUUAUUAUCAUUAUCUGAACAUCUCGGUGGGGUAUGAGUUUCAUGAAGCACGACUGGGCUAUAAUGUCCUGGAAUAUGUGGAUGGCUGGCCAGUCCCGGUAUAGAGGAUUUAGGUAUCGUAGGGGUGUGAUGGUGGCCUGGUGCUGCUUUUUUUGAUACCUUAGCUUAGCUUGGUAGAAUGUCAUCUGGCGAGAUAGACUCCAGCUCUUCUUCAUAGAAUU